AUGAACAACACAAAAUUUGAGAAAGACGUUGGCCCUGUUAAGGUCAAAGGUGAAAUCGAUGAAAAGACGGGUCAGAUCAAGGGCGAAAUUGGUAUUGUUGCGCCUGUCGUCGGUUACAAGUCAAUCAAACCAUUUGCAGGCUCUAUAACCGACGGAGUACAUGGCAAAUUUGGACUUGGAGGAGGGGUUGACAAUGCAUCAUUUGUGAUACUUGUUAAAGACAACGAUCUCAAGAUCCAGGUCAAUGAGCCACUUGCAGGGCAUGAAAUCACUCUGUUUCAGCUGGAGAAGAAGGCCGAAGGCGAACUUCGUUGGCGUAGUGGUUCUGACACUUACGACGCCGUCUUCCAAGUUGGCCUGUUCCGACUUGUGGUGAAAAGCGGCAAAAUAAACCUCCCAGGAACCCCUAUUGUCACAGUCAACUACAGAUCUCUUGACGAUUUAGUCGGAAGGUAUGAAUUUGAAGGUGAGGUUGGGUCUGAGAAACUCUCUCUUAGUCUCAAGCGCACCCAUGGCAUGCAGAAUGGUGCAAGAAUAGAAGGAAAAUUCCUACAGCCUACAUCUAGGGAAACUGAAUUCAUUUUCGGUUUCGGAAAUUGGAACCCUGAAUUUGAAGGUUCAGGUACUGAUGAUCAACUUAGCGGCACCAUAGGAAGGCAGCAGGGAGCCUAUGACGGCAUAGCGCUACCUACCGCCGGUAUGGAUAAACUAUUUGGUAGUGCUGCAUAG